AGGCGGAUGUUUACGACGCGUGAUGGACUCAUCGGCUUAGGUCCCGAGGCACUACAGACGCGAGAUUGCAUUGCACUGUGUAAAGGGGGCAAAGUACCGUAUGUACUGAGAAAAGUGCCAGAGGGGUACGAGCUCGUUGGGGAAUGUUAUAUGCAUGGUAUUACGCAAGGCGAG